GUGGCAACUCAACUUGUGCAGCACGGCCACACUUGAGAUCGCUGCGGCCAAAAGCAAUUCGCAGCCAAUUCUGAUGGGCGGCGGCAGUCACUACGGGUCGUUCCUUUUGAUGGGCAUACGACGGCUGGCCGGGGACGGUAGAUACACGGAGAGACCGUUCUUAUUCGUGCUCCAUGCUGCGAGCAUGCGGCGUGCCAUGCCAUACCCAUUCGGUCAACCCCGCCUUGUGUCAUCACAUCAUUCCGCAUGAACUACCGCUUUCCAAAUGCUUGGUCGUUCUCAGACUUGUGCCCGGGAAAUGGCCAUCAUCGAAAAACCGCACUGCCCGUGGCAUACUUAACUUCUGGACUGCGUCAAAAUCCGGAACAGCAUCAUCAUAACAAUCAUCAUCAUCGGAAAUCCCUCCCUCUGUUGCUCGCGUUGUCGACCUCGCUCGCCCGCCUAUCCCCCGUCAAUCAACCCAAACCCCCACCACCACCGCCACAACCACUCCACCACUUCACCUCCCAAGACACCCCCCCAACCGGUGCCUCGAACCCUUUAACAGAUCCUUUCCCUUUGAAAGCUCAAACCCCCUCCCCCCGCGCCCCUUCCAAUUCCCCCACCCACCUCUACACCCCACUAACCAACUCAACCCACCUCUCUCUCCGUGUCGCUGCCACCUCUACCUACCCACCACCGCCACUCUGUCCCAAACCCUACUCCUACUCCUGCUGUUGUUCCUGUAAAUCCCCGACUUCCCCCUCCCACCCUUUGUCCGUCAUCACCUCCUUCGCUGCAGCCGGUCGAGAUCAUCCUCCCACUCACAAUAAACUUCCCAAUCCAACAGAUCCUCCUUCGGUUAGGUACCGGUUAUUCGCACACGAGCCAACUCUCUCAUACCGAAACACUGUUGCAACGAAGUCUCCGAACGUUGAACCUUAGCUCAACGCACGCACCACUCGCUGCUACGUCCCCGCGUAACGACCGACACGACCCCAAACGAAUUCACCACGAAACCCCAACAACACCUCUAAGUAAACAGCAGCAAUGGCGGAGUUUGUUCGUGCCCAGAUCUUCGGUACUACCUUUGAGAUCACCAGCCGGUAUGGUCGCUCGUUCUUCGUUA